UGGACCGCGGCGCCAACAACGUGGAGCGUGGGCUGGUGGGCUUGGGCACUGGGUGCAGAGCGGCACCAGCAAGUUCGGGAGCAAGCAGCAGGCAUCAAGCGGUAGGAGUGCCCCAGCACAGCAGCUCGAUGACAACCACAUGGAGUCUUGGGUGCUCAUGCCAGAGGACCAAUUUGAACUGCUCGCGGGGGUGCUCUCCAGAAGCCAGGGGGACAAGAUCCAGUAUCGUCGACGGCUUAGGGCAGCAGGUAUGGAGGAUCCCAAAUCCAAUCCAGAUAUUCCGCAGGCCGUGGCUCGAGCCCAGCAUCGCGUGCUCCAAGCCAGCCCGCAGGCUGAGAGAGCACAACAGGCAGCCCGCGAAGCAGUCAUGGAAGUGGUGGAGGCCCAGCAGGUGCUCCAGCAGGCGCGGGAAGACCUCGACAACGCCAAGCAGGAGGCCGCCACCCGUAUCGGCUCCAGUGCACCACCGACAGACGCAGCUUUCCCUGGUGAGCUCUGGGACCAGGUCGCCAAGUUGGCCCAGCUGGUCAAGCAGCUGGCGGGGCCAUCCGACGAGGGCAGGGCGGCGGCAGGAGACGUCCCAGCUGGCGCAGGGGUGCUCGACCCCAUCGCGAAGGCCGUCAAGGAGACCAUGGAGAAGGUCGAGGCGAUGCGGCCUCGGCCAGGCGACGAGGACACCCGCAAGCGCAUCCGAGACAUCAUGGCUCAGUGGAACGACAACACGCCUGAGGAAGUUCGAGUCAAUGCGGUGGCAGGAUGCAGCCAGAGUGUGGACAUGUCCAGGCUGGCGCUAUGGCAAAUGCUUGCGGAGCUGCACGCCCCGCACAUCCCAGUUCAUUCCCAGAGCUGGGUAGGUGAUGUUGCGCAGGCGACCAUGGGCACGGAGCGAGACGUCGUUGAAAAGACAACGAGGGCGGCGACAGCGUUGGCCAGCCACAGCGAGGAGCAAGGCAUGAUGAUCAAGCGAGUAGUCAAGGCAGCCAGGAACGCCACCGGCCUGACCGAGACUGGGUACAUCCCGCAGGCGGCAUGGGGGCCGCAGGCCCAAGGCGCCCCACAGACCCUGUGGGCCUACCUGGACCAGCCCAGCUUGCCCCAGGCGCCCCACCUCACAGGAUGGGAGCUCGUGGCUUGGGCGCGCGGCCCAGUGAACCACUGGAAGCAGACCGUCCUAAUAGCAGAGCUCACAGCGGCUACCAACGCAGCCCGCAUCACCGA